CAUAGUCCUUCCAACCAUAAAAAUCCUAAAGUUUCAAAAUUCAUCAAUACAUACCAAAUUUUACAUGUGGAUGUUGAUAUACAUAAACUUGGGCAGGGAAGAUUUCACACAUGACAUAUACUUAGCUACAACCAAACCAAAAGGCGAUCCAUUUGCGGCGAAACGUCUCGUCGGGCCGCUGCGGGGCGAGGUGUUUUCGGCUCCACCACGACGACCGGCGAGGACGAAGAAACCAAAGGGCCCAUAAAUUUCUCUUUUAUUAUUCUAUUUUUAUUUUAUUUUAUUUUUGUUCUCGCAAUUCCUGAUCCACACAUGAAUAUCCCUCAGUUUCGUAUAGGAUUCAACUUACCCCAUCUCUCAAUCCAUUCCUAUUUCUCGGUUUCCGAUUUCUUUCCUUCUUCUUAAGGGAUUAUAAACAGUCUCUCUAUUAAUCGGCUUCACUUUCCUCUCUUUUUGUUCUGGCCAUGCGACUCUGGUUUUCCGAGAUCUGCCUCUCGAAAGAGGGUUCUUCUUCUUUUCCUCAUUCUUGCGCUCAAUUCACUGUUUUUUCAUCUGGGUAUUUGAUUCAAUACCAUGUCUUCCGAUUCUCAUGCCCCUACUCCAAGGGGUCUUCUCUGUAAUGCUGGAGCUGGUGCUGCUGCUGGUGUUCUUGCUGCUACGUUUGUGUGCCCUUUGGAUGUUAUCAAGACUAGAUUUCAGGUUCAUGGACUGCCAAACAUCGGUAAAGGGAGUCUUAUAGUUGGCAGUCUGCAACAAAUUUUUCAUAAGGAGGGGGUACGUGGAAUGUAUAGAGGUCUUGCACCUACGGUGCUUGCAUUACUGCCUAACUGGGCUGUUUAUUUCACAAUAUAUGGGCAGCUUAAAACCUUUCUUGGCUCUGAUGACGAACAUUGUCAGCUUUCAAUAGGUGCUAAUAUGAUGGCUGCUUCUGGUGCUGGGGCUGCUACAACUAUUGCAACCAAUCCUCUAUGGGUAGUCAAGACCAGGCUUCAGACACAGGGAAUGAAAUCUGGUGUGCUACCAUAUAGAAAUACAGUGUCUGCCUUAAAGAGAAUAGCAUCUGAAGAAGGCAUUCGUGGAUUGUACAGUGGUCUUGUGCCUGCUUUGGCCGGUGUAAGUCACGUUGCAAUUCAGUUUCCAACAUAUGAAAAAAUUAAAAGUUAUUUGGCUAGUAGAGACAAUACGACAACGGACAAACUCACUGCACGUGAUGUUGCGGUUGCCUCAUCUGUCUCCAAGAUAUUUGCUUCCACGUUGACCUAUCCACAUGAGGUUGUAAGAUCCAGGCUUCAGGAACAGGGGUUUCACUCCGAAAAGCGUUAUUCAGGCGUAGCUGAUUGCGUAAAGAAAGUAUUUCAGCAAGAUGGUCUCCCUGGUUUCUAUCGAGGGUGUGCAACCAACCUUCUCAGGACAACGCCUGCUGCUGUCAUCACAUUUACGAGCUUUGAAAUGAUUCACCGAUUUCUUGUCAACUUAUUUCCUCCCGAUCCACAUCCACACACAUUAUGAAGACAAAUAACAUUUGCUCAACAUUGAACAAACUAAUCGAGUCGACUCAUUCACUAUUCUUUGGGUACACUAAUUGACCCCCAGUAGUUUGUAGCAGCAACUCAACACAUUCUUGCCUCGGUAAAGUUUCAAUGUUAUCAAGUAUCCUUUCUGGUGAGGAGCGUUUUUCCUUCUUUACACCAUGACGAUGACGAAGAAAAUGUCGAUAAUUAGACACACUGUUUUCUAGUUAUUUCUAUUAGAUAUACCAUCUUUUUGUUUGGAAAUUGUUUGAAUUGUGACUUGAUGAAUUGAGUUUAUGAUAGUGUUGGUAUUCUUUUGAGCUU